CCACUGUCAAUUGAAUUGAGCUGAGAAAUCUCACUCUCCCUCUUCACAGAGAGAGAGAGAGAGAGAGAGAGAGAGAGGUUUUCUUUGUGCUCAGCAAUGGCUUCCCAAUCACCGUUUACACGUAACCCAACGGUUUUUCCUACAAUUAAGCAAUCUGCUUCUGUUUCCGUCUCUUCUUCUUCUGUGUGCUCAACCUCUUCCUUGUGCAACUACUCUUCCAUGUUCUUUACCUCUCACACCACCACUCCUAUAAAACGACAUCGUAUUGUCUUCUCCUCUUCUCCUUCUCCUUCUCCUUCUCCUUCUCCUUCUUCUUCUUCUUCUUCUUCAUCAUCGUCUUCCGGUGCUCGUGGGGCUAAACAGAGACGAAUGAUGAAGUCCGUUGACCUAGAUUCGUUGAGUUCAAGUUCGAAAUCGAAUUCGGCAUUGGUAGGCAAUUCAGAUGGAAAUCGAUCCCAAAGCCAGAAGAUGCGAAACCUAAGUUUCAAAUCGUUGUUUGAUAGUCGAACUCUGUGGCGGAGGAUAUUAUUCGCUUCCAGGAAAGUUAGGAGCAUCAUUUUGCUCAACGUCAUCACCAUUGUCUACGCCAGUAACAUCCCAGUUGUGAAGGAGGUUGAAGCAAAUAUGGACCCAGCAACCUUCACUGUUGUACGGUUUGUUGUUUCGGCAAUUCCAUUCAUUCCAUUUGUAUUACGAGAACAAGAUGAUGUUCAUACGCGUAAUGCUGGAAUUGAGUUGGGUGUUUGGGUUAGUUUAGGGUAUCUAAUGCAGGCACUGGGACUGCUAACAUCAGAUGCUGGACGUGCGUCAUUCUUAUCUAUGUUCACUGUAAUUGUGGUUCCCUUGCUUGAUGGUAUGUUAGGAGCAAUAGUCCCUGCAAGAACUUGGUUUGGAGCACUGAUGUCUAUUAUAGGAGUUGCUAUGCUGGAAUCCAGUGGUUCUCCACCGAGUGUUGGAGAUCUUUUGAACUUCUUAAGUGCGGUAUUUUUUGGUGUCCAUAUGCUAAGAACUGAACAUAUAUCCAGAAGUACCAACAAAGAGAAAUUCUUACCCCUCCUAGGAUAUGAGGUAUGUGUUGUAGCCACUUUCUCAACAAUAUGGUAUUUUGUCGGAGGCUGGUUAGGGGGUGUCCAAGAUUACGAUCCAUCAUCAUGGACGUGGACGAUGUUUUGGGAAUGGAUGGUUGCAUUUCCAUGGAUUCCUGCACUUUACACGGGCAUAUUCUCUACAGGACUAUGCUUAUGGGUAGAGAUGGCUGCAAUGCGUGAUGUAUCUGCUGCAGAAACUGCAAUAAUUUAUGGCUUGGAGCCAGUUUGGGGUGCUGGUUUUGCUUGGUUUCUACUUGGCGAAAGAUGGGGAGCUGCAGGUUGGACUGGGGCUCUUCUUGUUCUGGUUGGAAGUUUAACGGUACAGAUAUAUGGAUCGUCAUCCCCUGAUGGUGGAGAUGAAAAUAGAGAUGAAAAACUUGAGAAGCUACAAGUUUCAGAUCAGAAAAAUAGUUUAUCUGCCUCUCCGGUUAUUGUCAGUUCCAGAAAGGAUGUUUCUGAUGUGGUAAAGUAAGCAAUAUAUAAAUAUAUAUAUAUAUGAUUAUAUAAACAUGUUCCUACUUUACCCUUUUCUUAAUGAGAAUUCAACAUACUUUUUCCAUGACAUAUCUUUUUGUAGUUAUAUAUAGUCCUUGUGUAAUACAUAUAGUUUUAGAUUGUAAUUUUAGAUAGCUGGCUGGAGGCCUGAAAAUCAUUUUAACCAUACAAUGUAUAUAUAUAAUGACAAUUUCUUUAUGUUAUGAUUUGGAGCUGAAAGAGCUUUAUGUGAAUUUCGUUGGCUGCUGACCUGUUGUGUAGAUGAUUACAUAAUUCAUAUAGUUUAGCUUUA